AUGAACGAGCUCAAGGAGGCCGCGCAACAAAUGAACCAAGUUGCGCCCAGCCAAGGCACCUGGCCACCUGGUACAGCAUGCAUUCCCAUCCAGGCUGACUUGGCCUCGAAGGCUGGGUGUGAUGCCCUUGCAUCCGAGCUGAUGAAGCGCGAGUCAGAGCUCGACAUUCUCGUGAACAACUCGGGCCUUACAUGGGGAGGACCGCGCGAUGACUUUCCAGAAGACAAGGGUUGGGACAAAGUGUUUCACUUGAAUGUAAAGAGCCAGUUUUACUUGACCGUGGCGUUAAUCCCCCUGCUCGAGAAAAACAAAACCAACACGCACCAUGCCUCUGUCAUUAAUGUGGCGUCCGUUGCUGCUUUCAUGCCCCAAGCUGGAGGACCUCUCGCUGCUCCUGGCACAGGAACCUACAGCUACCAGCCGUCGAAAGCAGCGUCUGUUCAUCUCACUCGCACCAUGGCUGUCGACCUUGCGGAGAAAAACAUCCUGGUGAAUGCGGUGUGUCCUGGGGUAUUUCCCAGUCGCAUGACGGCCUGGAGUUUGGGCGAAUAUAAGCAAGUGUUGGAGGAUGCACAGCCAACAGGCCGACUUGGUACGCCGGAGGACAUCGGCGGACUGUUGCUCUUCCUCGUGAGCCGGGCUGGUAGUCAUGUAACGGGUGCUGCGAUUCCCCUUGACGGCGGCCAGGUGGUUCAGUUUUACCCCAAGCUGUAG